UUGCCAAUACGAUACCCGCACAUACUGGCAACUUCAGCGAGCACUUCGAGCCCGUGGGCCGGUCCCCUCAUCCAUACAGAAAACGAUUCAGGAGGAGUGACAGCGUAUCAGCCUGUCCAACCGCCUUUGAUGUCCUCACUUCCCCUCAACAACACUGCUGUUCCGAACCGAUCAACAAUUGGCAAGGUCAACGAAUCGCUGAGCUCAGAUAUCCCCUACGAAGAUGGUCCUCUGGACGCCACGAGAGACGCGCGACGGGUUGUGAGAUUGAUACAAUGUCCAAAUUGCUCAUAUCCUUUGGUACAGCCUGUCGCUCUGCCAUGCGGCAAUGCAAUAUGCAGGAAAUGUAUGCCAACGGAGACACACACACGACAAAAUAUCUCAUAUCCCCAGCAUCGUUUGCAAGGGUUCAAGUGUCCAGUGCCGGGAUGUGGGGGUGAUCAUGUUCUUGGAGACUGUGGGACGGAUUAUGUGCUGAAAGCAAUCACGGAGACAGUCAAAAAAGAGCAGGACAGUUGGGCAAUGGCCGGAAUACCUUCUUUGAAAGGCAAUGAAAUUCGGUCUCGAACAUUGCCUGGUGGGAGACUGAGCGCAACCUAUACGUUGGCAGAGAUGGGAGAGCUCGCAUACGAGUCAGAAAUUACAUACAUACCGAUGUCACCAACCAACGCGAGGUCUAUAGAUCUAGACUCUACACUUUUGGAACACAUGAAAGAGGCUAUAAGGGAAGAGUUGGAUUGCUUCAUAUGCCGGAAUGUGUACUUGGAGCCACACACCACUACAUGCGGGCACACUUUCUGCAGGAAUUGUAUACAAUCAGUACUAGAAAAUUCCCUGUCAUGUCCGACAUGCAGAACGACUCAAGUCCUUGCUCCUACUAUCCGGUCGAAGAAUCCUCCUAUCAAUCUACCUCUUGCUAGGAUCGCAUCUGGUCUUUUCCCAGAAGCCAUGGCUCUACGGGCGGAUAUAUCAUCACUGGAUGAGGAACUUCCCAAAUCAGACCUGAGCACCCCUCUAUUUGUCUGUACGCUCUCUUUCCCGGCAAUGCCUACGUUUCUACACGUCUUCGAACCCCGUUACCGACUCAUGAUCGAGCGCGCGCUACAGACCGACGGCAGAUUUGGUAUGUUACUGCAUAAUCCUCAACGAGAACCUCAAGGUCACCUCGGACCAGUACAUUUCUACCAGUACGGGACCCUGCUAGAGAUCGAGAGCAUACAAAGGUUACCCGAUGGCCGAAGUCUUCUGGAGACAAAGGGUGUCUCGAAAUUUAGAGUUCUGAAAUAUGGCAUUAAAGACGGAUACACGGUUGGAAAUAUCGUGAGGAUAGAUGACAUAUCCAUUGCAGAGGAAGAAGCAUUGGAGAUUCAAGAAACAACCAGCGCACCUCCACAACGACCAUUCUCCGCACAAGCCGUGUUCAACGCACCCCCACAUCAUCUUGUUACUAGCCAAGGAUCCCAGGCUGAUAAAGCAGCCACCGUUGCCAGCGACAGAGCCGAAUUGCACGUCACACCAACUCAAUCCCUCUUCGACAUAUGUUACGCUUUUGUCAAGAAGAUGGAGGGCGAAUCUGCUCCGUGGCUCCACAGUAGAGUAUAUGCGGUGUACGGGCCACCACCCGAGGAUCCAGCAAUAUUUCCAUGGUGGUUCGCCAACGUCCUCCCUCUGUCGGAAACAGAAAAGUAUCGAUUGUUGCACACGUCAAGUGUUCGGGAACGGCUCAAGAUCUGCGCAUUGUGGGCGAGGGUGAUUGAAAAACAAAGAUGCAGUCAGAGCUCUGGAUGCACCGUCGUGUGACUAGCCGGCCUUAGUCUGUUCGUCCUCAUCGGAUGCAUUCUACUUGCGUAUAUAUUGAAUCUCCACCAACUCGAGAUCUGGAUAAAUGGGAAUCUGUUAUGGUAGCAUUAGCGUCUAUUGCAUUUGGGUUCGGGGUAUUCGAUGCAUCUUGGCAGGUCUGGAGCUGGGAGCGAAAUUUGACAUGGUGGGAUAAUUGGCGUUCCGGAGCGCCUUCGAGGGCUAUGGCUCAGGAAGCAAAGGUGUCGGGUCGGGCAGUGUAUGUAUGGCAAUCCAGUUGGUCAUAAC